AGUUCGUUUACAAGUCAACAAGAAAAUGAGAAAGUUUUUUCUGUUUCUGCUUUUUUGUCACGUUUCAUCACCAGGUAACGUCAAGUUCAAGUAUUUUUUUAACGCCUAUUAAUUUUGCUGUUUAAAGCUGCUGUGUACACCUUUAUUCUUAUGUUGUUGGGUUUUCUUUUACUUCCUUCAGUGAAACACUCCCUCAAGUUUUUCUUUACUGGAUCUUCUGGGAUCCCAGAUUUGCCUGAUUUUGUUGGAGCUGCUGAGGUGGACCAAAUUCAGACAGCUUACUGUGACAGUAACAAAAAGUUGAAGCCAAGACAGGAUUGGGUGAAAAAAAUAGUCCGUUAUGAUCGUCAACAGUUGAACUGGUACAAAGAAGAAUGUUUCGUAAUCCAACCUAACUUCUUGAAAGCCACGAUCAAUUAUUUGAUGGAGCGCCUCGGUCAGAGUGAAGGUAGGCUAAUAAAAUUGCUUUACUACCCAGAAUAUAAUCAGCACAUCUUCACAUAAGUAAGGGCUUUCAAAGACACCAGGAAAAAAAACACGUUUCUGUGUUAAACAUCUUUCUCAUUUGAGGUAUCAUCCGUACAUCAUUGUUAACUGCAGUCUGUGUCUCCCUCUUUCAGGUGUUCACGUCUUACAAAGAAUAAGUGGCUGUGAGUGGGAUGAUGAGACUGGAGAGACUGACGGUUUCAUGCGCUUUGGUUAUGAUGGAGAGGACUUCUUAACAUUUGAUGUGAAAAGUCUGACAUGGAUCGCUCUGACACCAAAGGCUGUCUCUACAAAAUUCAGCUGGGAUACUGAUAAAAGUAGAAUAAAACACUACGAGAACUACCUCACUCAGGUUUGUCCGGAGUGGCUGAAGAAGUAUGUGGAAAUUGGCAAAAACUCACUGAGGAGAAAAGGUAGGAUCAAAUGAAAAGAGUUUAUGUUGCUCAGAGCCCCAAACUUUCAGUGGGAUUAACUUUAAUCCAAAGAAACAAUAUCGACCUGAACACACCGUUAAUCUCUCUCUUUUUCUCUCUCCUCAGACCUCCCCUCAGUGUCUCUCCUCCAGAAGUCUCCUUCCUCUCCGGUCACCUGCCACGCUUCAGGUUUCCACCCCAACAAAGCCCUGAUGUUCUGGAGGAAAGAUGGAGAGGAGCUUCAUGAGGAGGUGGACCUCGGAGAGACCCUCCUGAACCACGACGGAUCCUUCCAGAUGAGUGCUGACCUGAACAUUACAUCUGUCGAACCUGAAGACUGGGGGAGGUAUGAAUGUGUGUUUCAGCUCCAUGGAGUGAAGGAGAACAUCAUCACCAAACUGGACAGAGCAGCGAUCAGGACCAACUUGGGAAAAUCUUUGUCUCUUGAAGCUAAUAGUGAGAAACAUAUUUGUUAUGAUUACUUUAUGAUAUUUCCUUUUCUUAUUGCCGUAACUUUUCUGAUUUUCUGAUUUGUGACUCUUGAAUGUCAAGACUGUUUGUGUUUGUGAAAAUCUGAAAAGCAAUACAACUGCUGGGUAAUACAAAUAAUACAAAACAUAGUUCUCAUUUAAGACUGAUAUCAGUGUUCACUUAAACAUACUCAUAUCCCAGUUCAACCCCGGUUCACUCUGAGUUUUCUUCUAAUGAAUGCUUCUCCUCUGACCUGUUUUGUAAUCUGUUCUGUUUGUGUAUUUGUUGUUGGUGUUGUUCUGUCGUCCACAGAUGAGGGUCCAAAACGGGUCUCAGUUGUGGGUGCUGUUGUGGGUGUUUUUAUUCUGGUCCUUGUCUGCGCUGUUUUUGGAUUCAUUCAUAACAAAAAGAAGACACGUCGGCUGAGCCCUGGAACAACCCAGAGAAGUUCAGCCCCUGAUCCACAUCAAGAGGAAGGAGAGAGGUUAAACCCAUGAGUUCGUUAAGUCUUCUACAAUAAGAGGGGUUUUGUUGUGACCUUUAAAAACUGUGAGAUAGAAGAUUGACUCCUUCUGUGUUUUUCUGCCAUGAGGGCCAGAUCUGAUAGGAGGGUUUUUACACACAGACAAGAAGAACCAGUGUUGGCAUCUCACGGGACAGUUACUUCCGUGAGUCUUGUGUUAACAGGUUUAAAAAAAGGAGCAUCGCUAUCUUCAUCAAGAUGAUGAACAAGAUAGAAUAAAACUGGCGUUUCAGGUGAACUGCACAAACAGUCCCUGAAUACUAAAAAUAUUUGACUGAACUUAAAACGGUUGAUCAAACUCAUACACAAGUCAAGAAAAAACCUUUUAAUUUUUUCACAUAUAACACAAAACAACCGUUAAGUUUCCUGCAUUUUUAAAAAGAAUAACAAUUUUACAUGGUGUCUUUUACCACAGACCAGCUAAACAAAUGCAGGUCAAUCAUUACCAAAGCAGUUUGAACUUGUUUAAGUGUAAAAAGCUUCUGUGUUCAUUUGUAAAUAUAAAUGAAUUAGUUUGUUUUUAUUUUAAAGAGAAAAUGAACCUUUAUAUGAUAUGUUUUUGUACAGAUGUUGCAUUUUUGUCAAAUAAAUAUAUUCUUGUAAUAUGUUUUUGCUUUGUUUU